CCGAUACCGUUAAUAUCAUCGAGAUCUCGAAUCGACGGGGAUCGAUGUCGAAAGCGCGAGUUUAUACCGAUGUUAAUGUUCUGCGUCCUAAGGAGUAUUGGGAUUACGAGUCUCUCACCGUUCAAUGGGGGAUCUCUAAGUGCAUAAUUACAGAGGACUAGCAUAUAUUAAAUGGAAGUUGUUGAUACCAAGUUUCAUUUAUUGAUGCAAAACUUAAAUCUUUAAAUGAAUGGGAACGGUAAAGCACGGAAAACCACAGCAAUUUUAAAAGCUAAAAUACUAGAGAGAGCUGGAUUUUGAUGAAUCCUUUCGUACCAUUUAGCUCCAGAGAUCAAGAUGAUUACGAGGUUGUUCGGAAGGUUGGAAGGGGAAAGUAUAGUGAAGUUUUUGAAGGCAUAAAUGUCAAUAGCAAUGAGCGGUGCGUUAUCAAGAUACUCAAACCUGUUAAGAAAAAGAAGAUUAAGAGGGAAAUAAAAAUACUUCAGAACCUUUGUGGUGGCCCAAAUGUAGUGAAGCUUCUAGACAUUGUUAGAGAUCAGCACUCAAAAACUCCCAGCCUCAUAUUUGAAUAUGUGAACAGUACAGACUUCAAAGUUUUGUACCCUACUUUGACUGAUUAUGACAUACGCUACUAUAUUUACGAGCUUCUCAAGGCUCUAGAUUACUGUCACUCGCAAGGAAUAAUGCAUAGAGAUGUCAAGCCUCACAAUGUUAUGAUAGACCAUGAGUUACGAAAACUCCGCUUGAUAGACUGGGGUCUUGCUGAAUUUUACCAUCCUGGCAAGGAGUAUAAUGUUCGGGUGGCCUCGAGGUAUUUUAAGGGGCCUGAACUUCUUGUUGAUUUACAAGACUAUGAUUAUUCUUUAGAUAUGUGGAGCCUUGGUUGCAUGUUUGCUGGAAUGAUAUUUAGGAAGGAGCCAUUCUUUUAUGGCCAUGACAACCAUGAUCAGCUUGUCAAAAUUGCGAAGGUACUUGGAACUGAUGAGCUAAAUGCAUAUCUGAAUAAAUAUCAUUUAGAGCUUGAUCCUCAACUUGAUGCGCUUGUUGGGAGGCACAGUAGGAAGCCCUGGUCCAAGUUUAUUAAUUCAGAUAACCAGCACCUUGUGUCUCCUGAGGCCCUUGAUUUUCUUGAUAAGCUUCUUCGUUAUGAUCAUCAAGACAGGCUAACUGCUAGAGAAGCAAUGGCCCACCCAUAUUUUUCUCAAGUGAGGGCUGCAGAAAGUAGCAGGAUGCGGACACAGUAGGAGGUUGCUAUGCUGGUAUUCUCAUGGAGUCUGUCAGUGGACCGGAGGUACGCCCAUAAAUGCCAUUCAAGCCAGGGCUGCAGAAAGUAGCAGGAUGCUGCCAAAGUAGCUGGUGCUUGCUUAGAGUGUGUCAGUGGGCUGGAGGCCACUGCAUAUGGGAUAAUGUAUUGUGCUUGUGACCAUCUGCCCUAUACCUUUUGUUGUUAGCAGGCAGUUAAGAAUUGUGUUUGGUCUUUAGUCACUGUGGUCAUACUUUUGUUUGUGAUUUUCGCAUGCCAUCCGUUGACAUGAAUCCCUCGCCAUGGCCAAUGGUUUUUGCAGGGGAAUGAAAUGAUGGUGGACAGUGGUUCGAUUAGUCAUCAUCAAUUUAUAAAUAAUACAUUUUUCGUAGAA